AUGCAGCCCUGGCAGUGCCUCCGGCGCUUUGCCCUGGCCUGGUGGGAGAGGACCGCGGAGGGUCGCGCCCGCUCCCCCAGGGAGGAGGUUGGACCAAGGGACCCUGGGGGCCGAGGGGAGCCAGAUCCGGAGCGGAGCAGCCCCCCCAUGCUGUCUGCCGACGAUGCCGAGUACCCUCGGGAGUACCGGACCCUGGGGGGCGGGGGCGGCGGGGGCAGCGGGGGCCGGCGCUUCUCCAAUGUGGGGCUGGUACACACCUCCGAGCGGCGGCACACGGUGAUCGCUGCCCAGAGCCUGGAGGCGCUCAGCGGGCUCCAGAAGGCGGAUGCUGACCGCAAGCGAGAUGCGUUCAUGGACCACCUGAAGAGCAAGUACCCCCAGCAUGCCCUGGCCCUGCGAGGUCAGCAGGACAGGAUGCGGGAGCAGCAACCAAACUACUGGAGUUUCAAGACACGCAGCUCGCGCCAUACUCAGGGAGCCCAGCCAGGGCUGGCAGACCAGGCAGCCAAGCUGUCCUACGCCUCGGCUGAGUCGCUGGAGACCAUGUCCGAGGCCGAGCUGCCCCUGGGCUUCAGCAGGAUGAACCGCUUCCGACAGAGCUUGCCUCUCUCCCGCUCUGCCAGCCAGACCAAGCUGCGCUCACCAGGGGUCCUGUUCCUGCAGUUUGGGGAGGAGACGCGACGCGUACACAUCACGCAUGAGGUCAGCAGCCUGGACACGCUGCACGCACUCAUCGCGCACAUGUUCCCGCAGAAGCUCACCAUGGGCAUGCUUAAGUCGCCCAACACCGCCAUCCUCAUCAAAGACGAAGCUCGGAACAUCUUCUACGAGCUGGAGGACGUCCGGGAUAUCCAGGACCGCAGUAUUAUCAAGAUCUAUAGGAAGGAGCCACUGUAUGCAGCUUUUCCUGGCUCACACCUCACCAACGGGGACCUCCGGAGAGAGAUGGUGUACGCGUCGCGGGAGUCGUCGCCCACGCGGCGCCUCAACAACCUGUCGCCCGCAUCGCACCUAGCAUCCAGCUCGCCACCUCCAGGGCUCCCGUCGGGGUUGCCGUCGGGACUGCCGUCGGGCUCGCCGUCGCGCUCACGCCUCUCCUACGCCGGGGGCCGCCCGCCCUCUUACGCCGGCAGUCCGGUGCACCACGCGGCUGAGCGGCUGGGAGGUGCCCCGGCAAGCCAGGGCGUGAGCCCCAGCCCCAGCGCCAUCCUGGAGCGGCGCGACGUGAAGCCGGACGAGGACCUGGCGGGCAAGGCGGGCGGCAUGGUGCUGGUGAAGGGCGAGGGCCUCUACGCCGAUCCCUACGGGCUUCUGCACGAGGGCCGCCUGAGCCUGGCCGCCGCGGCGGGGGACCCGUUCGCCUACCCGGGCGCGGGCGGCUUGUACAAGCGGGGCUCCGUGCGCUCGCUCAGCACCUACUCGGCCGCCGCGCUGCAGUCCGACCUGGAGGACUCGCUCUACAAGGCCGGCGCCGGCGGCCCGCUCUACGGCGAUGGUUACGGCUUCCGCCUGCCGCCUUCGUCCCCGCAGAAGCUGGCCGACGUGUCGGCGCCCUCUGGGGGACCCCCGCCCCCGCACAGCCCCUACUCGGGGCCGCCCAGCCGUGGCUCGCCCGUGCGCCAGUCCUUCCGCAAAGACUCGGGCUCCUCGUCGGUCUUUGCGGAGAGUCCCGGAGGCAAGGCCCGCAGCACCGGGAGCGCCUCGACGGCCGGAGCACCACCUUCUGAGCUCUUCCCUGGACCUGGGGAGCGCUCCCUAGUAGGGUUUGGGCCGCCGGUGCCAGCCAAGGACACAGAGACCAGGGAGCGCAUGGAGGCCAUGGAAAAGCAGAUUGCAAGCCUCACGGGGCUGGUGCAGAGUGCCCUGCUGCGAGGCUCAGAGCCUGAGACCCCAAGUGAGAAGAUUGAAGGCUCCAAUGGAGCAGCCACCCCUUCAGCACCAGCGUGUGGAUCGGGUAGUCGGAGCAGCGGGGCUACUCCGGUGUCGGGCCCUCCCCCGCCCUCGGCCAGCAGCACCCCUGCAGGGCAGCCCACCGCUGUCAGCCGGCUGCAGAUGCAGAUGCACUUGCGUGGCCUACAGAACAGUGCUAGCGACCUGCGCGGCCAGCUUCAGCAAUUGCGCAAGCUCCAGCUCCAGAACCAGGAGUCGGUACGCACGUUGCUGAAGCGCACCGAGGCGGAGCUGAGCAUGCGCGUGUCGGAGGCGGCGCGGCGGCAGGAGGACCCGCUGCAGCGGCAGCGCACCCUGGUGGAGGAGGAGCGGUUGCGUUACCUCAAUGACGAGGAGCUCAUUACUCAGCAGCUCAAUGACCUGGAGAAGUCAGUGGAGAAGAUCCAGAGGGAUGUGGCCCACAACCACCGGCUGGUGCCCGGUCCUGAGUUGGAGGAGAAGGCGCUGGUGCUGAAGCAGCUUGGGGAGACGCUAACAGAGCUCAAGGCCCAUUUCCCAGGCCUGCAGAGUAAGAUGCGGGUGGUGCUGCGUGUGGAGGUGGAAGCAGUGAAGUUCCUGAAGGAGGAGCCUCAGCGCCUCGAUGGGCUUCUCAAGCGCUGCCGGGGGGUCACGGACACGCUGGCGCAGAUCCGCAGGCAAGUGGAUGAGGGUGUGUGGCCACCCCCCAAUAAUCUCCUGAGCCAGUCUCCCAAGAAGGUGGCAGCUGAAACAGACUUCAGCAAAGGCUUGGACUUCGAAAUACCACCCCCGAGUCCUCCACUGAACCUCCACGAGCUGAGUGGGCCUGCUGAAGGAGCCCCUCUUACCCCAAAGAGCAGUAACCCCACCAAAGGCCUGGAUGCUCCCGGGAAGAGAAGCGUGGACAAAGCUGUGUCUGUUGAGGCUGCAGAGAGAGACUGGGAAGAGAAGCGGGCAGCCCUGACCCAGUACAGUGCCAAGGACAUCAACCGGCUGCUGGAGGAGACACAGGCUGAACUGCUCAAGGCCAUCCCUGACCUGGACUGUGCCAGCAAGGCCCACCCGGGACCCACCCCCACCCCAGACCACAAGCCCCCCAAGGCACCCCAUGGUCAGAAGGCAGCCCCCCGGACAGAGCCCAGUGGGAGAAGAGGUUCAGAUGAGCUCACGGUGCCCCGAUACCGCACAGAGAAGCCCUCCAAGUCACCCCCGCCACCCCCGCCCCGCCGGAGUUUCCCUUCCUCCCACGGCCUGACCACCACUCGUACUGGAGAGGUGGUGGUCACCAGCAAGAAAGAUUCGGCCUUCAUUAAGAAGGCCGAGUCUGAGGAGCUGGAGGUCCAGAAGCCCCAGGUGAAGCUACGCCGGGCUGUGUCUGAGGUGGCCCGCCCUGCCUCCACACCACCCAUCAUGGCCUCUGCCAUCAAGGAUGAAGAUGAUGAGGAGCGCAUCAUCGCUGAGCUGGAGAGUGGUGGUGGCAGUGUGCCACCCAUGAAGGUGGUGACUCCGGGAGCAUCUCGGCUGAAGGCGGCGACCCAGGGCCCAGCAGGCAGCCCAGACAAAGGCAAACACAGCAAGCAGAGGUCGGAGUACGUGAGGAUCCAGGCCCAGCAGCAGGUGAGGGUGAGAUACGGGACACCCAGGCCCCUGGAGGGUCGUACGCCAAGCCUCUGCUAUGUGCCACUGUUCCAGUGA